AUGCAUCGAUCUAUAGGUGAUUUCUCUUCAUUUUCUGGUCUUUGUCUUUACAUACCUUUUUUUUUUUUCUUCUUCUUCCUACGACAUACCUGCUUUAGUCUUUCUUUUCUUUCCACAACAUUUUUAAUAUUCUUUAUUUCUUGCCUUUAUUUCUUGCCUUUAUUUCUUGCCUUUAUUUCUUGCCUUUAUUUCUUGCCUUUAUUUCUUGCCUUUAUUUCUUGCCUUUAUUUCUUGCCUUUAUUUCUUGCCUUUAUUUCUUGCCUUUAUUUCUUGCCUUUAUUUCUUGCCUUUAUUUCUUGCCUUUAUUUCUUGCCUUUAUUUCUUGCCUUUAUUUCUUGCCUUUAUUUCUUGCCUUUAUUUCUUGCCUUUAUUUCUUGCCUUUAUUUCUUGCCUUUAUUUCUUGCCUUUAUUUCUUGCCUUUAUUUCUUGCCUUUAUUUCUUGCCUUUAUUUCUUGCCUUUAUUUCUUGCCUUUAUUUCUUGCCUUUAUUUCUUGCCUUUAUUUCUUGCCUUUAUUUCUUGCCUUUAUUUCUUGCCUUUAUUUCUUGCCUUUAUUUCUUGCCUUUAUUUCUUGCCUUUAUUUCUUGCCUUUAUUUCUUGCCUUUAUUUCUUGCCUUUAUUUCUUGCCUUUAUUUCUUGCCUUUAUUUCUUGCCUUUAUUUCUUGCCUUUAUUUCUUGCCUUUAUUUCUUGCCUUUAUUUCUUGCCUUUAUUUCUUGCCUUUAUUUCUUGCCUUUAUUUCUUGCCUUUAUUUCUUGCCUUUAUUUCUUGCCUUUAUUUCUUGCCUUUAUUUCUUGCCUUUAUUUCUUGCCUUUAUUUCUUGCCUUUAUUUCUUGCCUUUAUUUCUUGCCUUUAUUUCUUGCCUUUAUUUCUUGCCUUUAUUUCUUGCCUUUAUUUCUUGCCUUUAUUUCUUGCCUUUAUUUCUUGCCUUUAUUUCUUGCCUUUAUUUCUUGCCUUUAUUUCUUGCCUUUAUUUCUUGCCUUUAUUUCUUGCCUUUAUUUCUUGCCUUUAUUUCUUGCCUUUAUUUCUUGCCUUUAUUUCUUGCCUUUAUUUCUUGCCUUUAUUUCUUGCCUUUAUUUCUUGCCUUUAUUUCUUGCCUUUAUUUCUUGCCUUUAUUUCUUGCCUUUAUUUCUUGCCUUUAUUUCUUGCCUUUAUUUCUUGCCUUUAUUUCUUGCCUUUAUUUCUUGCCUUUAUUUCUUGCCUUUAUUUCUUGCCUUUAUUUCUUGCCUUUAUUUUUGCUUUAUUUCUUGCCUUUAUUUCUUGCCUUUAUUUCUUGCCUUUAUUUCUUGCCUUUUUUUCUUGCCUUUAUUUCUUGCCUUUAUUUCUUGCCUUUAUUUCUUUUUCUUUAUUUCUUGCCUUUAUUUCUUGCCUUUAUUUCUUGCCUUUAUUUCUUGCCUUUAUUUCUUCAUUUUAUUUCUUGCCUUUAUUUCUUGCCUUUAUUUCUUGCCUUUUAUUUCUUGCCUUUAUUUUUUGCCUUUUUUUCUUGCCUUUUAUUUCUUGCCUUUAUUUUUUUUUUUUAUUUCUUGCCUUUAUUUUUUGCCUUUUUUUCUUGCCUUUUUUCUUGCCUUUAUUUCUUUUUUUUUUAUUUCUUGCCUUUAUUUCUUUUAGCCUUUAUUUCUUGCCUUUUUUCUUGCCUUUUUUCUUGCCUUUAUUUCUUGUUUUAUUUCUUGCCUUUAUUUUUGCCUUUAUUUCUUUCAUUUUCUUUCUUGCCUUUUUUUUUUUUCUUUAUUUCUUGCCUUUAUUUCUUGCCUUUAUUUCUUGCCUUUAUUUCUUGCCUUUAUUUCUUGCCUUUAUUUCUUGCCUUUAUUUCUUGCCUUUAUUUUUUGCCUUUUAUUUCUUGCCUUUAUUUUUUUGCCUUUAUUUCUUGCCUUUAUUUCUUGCCUUUUUUUCUUGCCUUUUUUUCUUGCCUUUAUUUCUUGCCUUUAUUUUUGCCUUUAUUUCUUGCCUUUAUUUCUUGCCUUUUUUCUUCUUUUAUUUCUUUUGA